AAAUAGCUCAGCCUGAAUUUAUAGAUCUGAAGCAACAUCGAAAUACCAACACGAGAGACAAAACAUGAUUGUAAUACCUGCUUUACCUGUCAGUUUAUCUAGUCCAGUUUGAGACAGUCUUUACUGCCUCAGACCAGACUCAACGGGUGGAUAGGAAAAGCACAUUCAGUUUAUACUUAGAUUAUCUUUAUGAGUUGUGCGCAACACAGAUCUCAUCUAGAUUAUACCUACUGCUCUCUUCAACAGAUUCAACAUGUCUAAUGGGCCGAAGAAGAAAAUUACCCAGAAGCUCAAGAAGACCCUUCCGGUCACAGGGCCACAAGCUCCCACCUUGUAUGAGCUGAUGCAAUGGUAUUGCUUGACCACCAACACCCACGGCUGCAGGAGGAUAGUGGUAUCUAAGGGUCGCUUAAGAAGAUGGAUAUGGAUUGCCCUGACUUUAAUAGCAGUGGCCCUUAUCUUCUGGCAAUGUUCUUUGCUGCUUAUGUCCUUCUACAGUGUGAGUGUCUCUAUCACGGUUAACUACCAGAAACUGACCUUCCCAGCCAUCACCGUCUGCAACAUGAACCCAUACAAGUACAGCACAAUCAAAGACUAUCUGACUAAGCUGGAUUUAGAGACCAACCAAGCACUGAAGGACAUAUAUGGUUUCUCCCCAUCCCUUACUCGUAGACGCAGAGAUGUACAGCCACAAGAGACUAUUCCAGAAGAAAAUUUAUAUUACCUCAAACAAAUCAAGUUAUAUAAAAUUGAGAGCAUAAAUGGAAGUGAGAUAGUUGCUGAUGAAAUUCCCACAGGUCGACGCACCAGAAUGAACGCCAGAGUGGUCAACCAGAAUAAAGAGAGGACCGUUGGAAAUAUUGUGGGUUACAAGUUGUGUGAUCCAAACAAUAGCUCAGAUUGCACAGUGUUCACUUUCAGCUCAGCUAUCAAUGCCAUCCAGGAGUGGUACAGAUUACAUUAUACAAACAUCUUGGUGAAGAUUCCUACAGAAAAGAAGAUUGAAAUGGGUUACUCUGCUGAUGAUCUGUUUGCCAGCUGUUUGUUUGAUGGACAGUCUUGUGAUGCAAGGGACUUCACUCUAUUUACUCACCCUCUGUACGGCAAUUGCUAUACCUUCAAUGAUGCAUCAAGAAAGGAGCUGUUUGUGUCUUCCAUGGGUGGAGCAGAAGCUGGGCUGAAGCUUGUUAUACACAUUGACGAAGAUGAAUAUAACCCCUUCCUGGUGGCAGCAGCUGGUGCCAAAAUAUUAGUCCAUGACCAGAAUGAUUAUCCAUUCAUUGAAGAGUCAGGGACUGAACUUGAAACAGCAACUGAGACAUCUAUUGGGAUGCAGCUGACAGAGUCAUCAAAGUUAAGUAGCCCCUACAGCGAGUGCACCCUUGAUGGAAGUGAUGUCCCUGUCCCGAAUCUCUACAACAAGACGUACACUUAUCAGAUCUGCAUCUAUUCCUGCUUCCAGCUUGAAAUGGUAAACACUUGUGGUUGCGCGCAUUACGACCAGCCCCUUCCAGAAGGAGCAAACUACUGCAAUAUUGAACAAUAUCCAAGCUGGAUUUAUUGUUACUUCAAAUUACAUAAAAGUUUCGUCCAGGAAGAGCUGGGAUGUCAGGAAAAGUGUCGCGAGUCUUGCAGUUUUAAAGAAUGGACAUUUAGAAGGAGUGCGGCAAGCUGGCCCUCAGCGAAAUCAGAGGAGUGGACAAUGCGGAUUUUUUCCUGGGAACUUGCAAGCAAACUCAAGAAAAACCUAACAAAAUAUGACUUGGCAAACCUCGUCUUAUUUUACCAUGACCUGAACCUUAAAACGAUAGCCGAGAGCCCUUCCACCAGUAUUCCUAACCUACUGGCUAACUUUGGAGGUCAGCUGGGCCUGUGGAUGAGUUGCUCUAUGGUCUGCGUCCUAGAGAUUGCAGAGAUUUUUCUCAUUGACUCCUUCUGGGUGGUCAUGCGUCAGAAAUGGCAUAAAUUCAUCAAAUGGUGGAAGAAUCGCAAGGGUAAAACAGAAGAAUCCUCUGACCAGCCUGCUGGAGUUACACAUGUUUAUGACAACCCUUGUCUAACAGAUGAAGAUCCACCAACAUUUAACUCAGCUCUACAAUUGCCUCAAGCUGAGCCCAUGCAAGUACCUAGAACACCGCCACCUUUGUAUAGGUCCCUACAGCUAGACCCAAAUUUCAAUGAGUUGCCUAUAAAUGAAGAAGAUGUGACUAUAGAAUAUAUGUAAGAGAAUUCUGAAGAAAAUUACUUUGAAUUCUUACACUGAAGAAGCCAUAGUUCAAAAGGAGUGAAAGAUGAAGCUAAAAUGUUCAAACGUUCUUGAUAGUAAAUGUACUUUUUGGUGCUUCAUUGAAAUUCAAUGUAGACUUUUGAUCCCUCACAAUGUGCCACAACUGAGUUGACAAGUUUUCACUGGCUGUUAUUGUUGCUCAGUCAUAUAAAUAUUGGUUAUUAAAUAAUUGUAUAUAAUGCU